CGUCAGUCCUCCGCCUUUUGACACGAAAAUUGAGUGGAAGUUGAAUUUGGGGCCGCAAAGUGUCUCCCUCCGACCUCUCCCUCUCCAAAGGAUCAAUUUGAGGAACGGUGGGGACGUGGAACCCACACCAAAGCACACAGGAGUGAAGCAAGAGUACUGUACAGAGCUGAGCCUUUUGGCAUUGGAUCCGUUCAUAGUUAUUUGUUCAGAAGAAACUUCAUUCGACCUAUAGACCAGGCAGCGAAAUAUCUUCCCUACCUCACAUCACUAGACAAGAUGAAAUUCCGAUCCGAAACAGCGAGCUUGCUGGCAUUUCUAUUGGCGGCUACAGAUUUGGAAUCCACAUCUGCCUGGAGCCUCAGUGGUCCUUGUGCCCCCAGCUUGCAUGGAUCCAAGAGAAGCAAGAGUUUUUCCCCUCGAAGGCGUGUUUUUACCAGCAGGAGACUGGCAGCUUCCACAAAUGAUAACUUGAACAUGGAAUCCCUGAACAGCAAAAUGGGUGAAUUUGAGUAUCUGCUUCAAGAAACCGCUGACCCGAGUGUGGUUGCCAAGGCCCAGGCAAACACGUCAGGACGACGAAACUUUCAAUUGCAAGUUGGUGAUCACCAACAGAAGGUUAUCCUGGCAUCCAGUACCGCGGCAAUGGCUACCGAGGAUGCAGAAUCGGCCGUCCUAGAAGAGGGCGAAGCUGCCUCUGCCGACGCCUAUGAUCCCUAUGCUGAGGUUGAUUACCAACAACAAUUGGGAAAGAUUCAAUCUCUGGAACAAGCUCCACCCUCUCUAGAGGAUCGGUUUAAGUCCAUGGACUUGCAGGAUAUAAUCACAACACUCAUCCUUCCUGCCAUUAUCAGUUUUGCUGGACUUCGCUGGGGUUUCAACAAGGUUUCGGGGAGAGUAGCAGAGAAGGCCGAUACACUUCUCGAUCAGUUUGCCAGCGAAAUGGUAUUCCAUGAUGGCGAUAUGGAGGAGCUGAGAAUGUGCCAUGCCGAUUAUAGUCGACAACUCAUGUGGCUGGGACCACGAAAGGGAGAUGCCAUGAUCAAACGAUUCUUGGAGGCUUAUGCCAAGAAAAAGACUGUCAGUCCACAAGCUAUCGGAACCCUCUCCUACGUCUUUACCCUCUUUAAGUUAUCCGAAGUCAAAGCUGCCGAUACCCUGGUAUCCCUCUGCCGAGAAAUGGGUGCCGAUAAGGUCAGUUCCGCCGGGAAAAUCCUCUUCUUCGGAUCUCGCAUCUUGAAAACUCCCGAAGGCAAGCAAGAACUGGAACCAAUCAAGGACAUUAUCAAGGGAACUUACCGCGACGAGGCCGUUGCCGAGACGUUGGUCGAAACCUCGCAACAAGCCAUGGGAGAGGCGGCAUACCGUUCCACAGUACUGGCCGGUGGCAAGAAACAAAAGUCACUGACGGCGGGAUGGGAAAUCUUGGGAUUGGACAAGGAAACGGCCACGAGGAUAUUCGAAGAUGCCCAAGAAGACGGGUUCGUCUCGGAGCGUGAAGCCAUGUAUGGCGGACAAGCGCAAAAAUAUGACAAAAAGGGACGUGUGAUUGAUGAUGAGGGUAAACUGAAAAACCCCGAGGAAGCAGCAGAAGAUGAUGACGAUGACGAUGACAGUAGUGCGACUUCACCGUCCAAUGUGUAUGUAUGCGGCAACUGCGGGUACACGCUCUUCAUUGCCAAAGGUCGAGAGUUCAAGUUUUAUGGCGAUGAUUUCAGCUGUCCCGAGUGCGGUGCCAAGAAGGAUCAAUUCAAGCCCGCCAACAUUGAGGAGGACUAGCUAGGCUAGGAUAGGCUAGCUAGACGCUCCAAGCAGUAGCUACGUACUUCGCUCCAAUGAAUGAAAUGAACACCUGUAUUCCUAACUUCCACGUAGCUAGCUAGUGUUCACUAUUUGCUACUGCUGCAUAAUACUAUCAUGGUGGAUUAAUUAAAAAAUUGCUAUUAUGUAAGUACCGGUAUCUGUU